AUGCCGGCGUUCUCAUCCCGUAUCGAUGACUACAUUUUCGUGAAUGAACUUAAACCCGACGAUCUAAAAGGUUAUGACUACAAAAAGACCAAGUCGGUUAUAGUGAUUUCAGGUGGGGAGGAAAGCGAAGAAUCUCUCGAAGUAUACGAAAACAAGGAUAGAAAGCGUAAGCAGGUUCUAAUGGUAGAAUCCACUCCUUCGAGCAGUAGGAAGACAGAGAAAUCAGGCUCGCGUCGUUCCGGCAAUGAUCAUGGCUCCUAUGAAAGACGUACUGUCACUAUAACGAGAGGGCAAGAGAGACGGGCUCUUAUUAAUGUUACUCUGAAACCAACUAUUAUUGUCAACAACGGCACCGUAAACUCUGGUGAUAGGAGACCUCACAGAUCUGGGGAUGGUCAUCGAGAGAGAGAUCGUGAAGAUAAAGAUCGUGGAAAAUCACGUCGUUCUAGUGAUAGGGAUCAUCGAUAUAAGGAAGAUUCCCUUCGCAGUAGGGAUCAGAAAGAUAGAAAUUAUCCCCCUCAAGAUAGUGACACAGAGGAUCGAGAAAAAAGCAAGGCGCCAUAUCGUACUUUAAGAGAGAGCUCAUUGAGAGGGGGUUCCGAAAGGGGGGCUUCUGAAAGAGGAGGUUCUCAAAGAGGGGGUUCUGAAAGGGGGGGUUCUCUAAGAGAGCCUUCUAUAAGAGACGGAGACGAUUCUUCAAGAGAGGCUUCUAUAAAAGAACAUUCUGUCAGAGAGCGUUCUUUAAGAGAGGGUUCCAUAAGAGGGGGUUCUGAAAGAGGGGGGUCUGAAAGAGGGGGUUCUGAAAGAGGGGGGUCUGAAAGGGGGGGUCCUCUAAGAGAGCCUUCUUUAAGAGAGCCUUCUAUAAGAGAGCCUUCUAUAAGAGAUGGUUCCGUAAGAGGAGGUUCUGCAAGAGGGGAUUCCUUAAGAGAGCCUUCUAUAAGAGGGGGUUCUAUAAAAGAAGGGUCUUUAAGAGAGCCUUCUAUAAGAGAUGGUUCCGUAAGAGGAGGUUAUGUAAAAGAGGGUUCGGUUAACUCGCUCGCCAAUAGUCUCAAACAGACACGUUUGGAUGGGGAUGACACAUCAACGCAAUAUCAAAAAAGUGCGGAAAGGCGGCGCCGGGAAAGAAGACUAAACUCAGAUAAUCCUGAUGAGGCUUAA